GCCGUGCCCGCGCGCGCCGCUUUUCGCCCGGGCUGCGCUCGGACAUGGCGGCGGAGCUGAGCGCCGAGCGGCUGCGCUCGCUACCCGCCAGCUGGAGCUUCGGCAUCAGCCGCGGUGGCCGCAUCUUCUUCAUCAACGAGGAAGCGAAGAGCACCACUUGGCUGCACCCGCUGACGGGCGAGGCGGUGAUCACCGGGCACCGGCGCAGCCCAGAUCUACCCACAGGUUGGGAAGAAGCAUAUACUUUUGAAGGUGCAAGAUACUACAUAAAGAGUGGGCAUGGCCAGCACAUGACACAUCUGGCCCGCAGGCUGCGAAUUUGACAUCCCUCCUCUACUUGGGUUAAAGAAGCAUACCAUCAGCACUGAAAUUAAUCUAGCCAUCUGUAGAUAACCUGUCCAAGCCAACUUCUGUAGAUGUUGAUAGGAGCAUAAAAGCUAAAAAAUAAUUUGUGUGAAGAUCAUACAAAGAAUCCCAAAUAGUAGAACAGCCAUCCUGUAGAAGUGGGAUUACCACAACAUCAGAUGUUGCACAUUUAAUCCAGGCAGACUCUCCAUAAACUAACAAGGUGAUGUGUAAAAAAAAAAAUUACUGGGUUACAGUUCUCCCAACUUGCUCUUCUUCCCCGGCAGGUUUCUGUUCCAAAACUAUAUCUGAAAUAUGAAUGAAGUAAUUCUAAAAAAAAAUCAGCUUCAUCUCUGAAUGUCUGCAGUUGGCUGACAACCUAAUCAAACUUCUUUCCCACAAAAAAAAAAAGUUAAUAGUUAACACCUGAGUCUGAGUCAAAUUUUAAGGUGGUUUUUUCCAUUUUAGUUGUCUGACUGUUUUCUGCUUUUAAUGUUCUCAUCUAACAGGUGGAUUUUACAUAACGUUGUCUUUCAUCCAAUAUUUUCUCUCAGAAUUCCAUUGUUCAUUUCUUGUUGAUUUUCAAGUGUUCUUCAUUUUACAUAUAUUUGGACAAAAUAUAUCAUUAGUGCAAAUAAAUAACUUUCUGUGAAGCUAAGUCUAAAAGCUCCGAACCCUUAAAUUUUACUGGUUUAAAUCUGAAUUUUUAUAUAUGGUAUAAAGCAUGAUUAUUUUGCAUUUGCUUGAGGGCCUUUUUCAUUUUUACCACUGU